ACACCUAAACCUCGAUAGUAUGAUGUAAACAAAAAAUUUUAAAAGCGCGAAACAUCAAUUUUAAUUUUAUCAAAUAUUUCAAAAUGUCUAAGAAUAAUUUAAAAUUAAAGUGUGUAAAUUGCAAAAGUUCCGAAUUCUACACUCAAGAUGGAUUGUAUUUCUGUGAAGAAUGCAAUGUACAACAUGAAAAUCUCGUUGAAAUGGAAUACGCCGAAUUCGAUGAAAAUUUGAAGACAAAACAAUCCAUUUACAUUGGUAAACAACGAGAAAAUGAACAAAAUAAGUUAAACAAUGAACGUCUAACAAGUUUUGAGGAAUAUAAUCUUAUUUUAAUUGGCCUUGUUGAUCAAAUUCUUGAGUUUAAAAGAAUUCCAAAUUUCAAAGUAACAUGUCUUCAACUUUGGAUGGCAUAUCUGCAACAAUCAGAAACAGCAUUUUUUGAUAAAGAUCAUAAGGUCGAACCAAAACUAUUCGCAUAUUACCGACAAUCAGAUGCAGAAAUUCUUUAUAACAGGAAACCAACCAAAAAAGUAAAGAAAAGAAAGCGUAAGAAGGAACCAAAAAAUGAUUCAAAUGACAAUGCUGAUGUUCACAGUAAAAAUAAACAAUUGCGAAAAAGUGAAAAGAUAAUUUCUCAAUCCCUUAGCGAAUCAAUGAAAUCGAGUAGUUUAAAUAGUUCUAUACUUGCAAACAUGUCAAUUCAAUCAAUAAUAUCAGAACAUGAGCAAGCAGAAAAUUACAUAAAAUUUUCGAAAAUUGCAGCACAGCCAAAACUAAGGAAGAAAAGUGAAUAUGUGCUAAACUUAAGAAAAAAAGUAAAGGAAGAAGAUGAUGACACUGAUAAAAGAGUUUUGUAUAGAGCUUUGAAUCGAAAUGACAGAUUGCAAAUACUCAAUGGCAACACGAUAUUGUGUAUCAUUUAUUGUGCACUAAACAUUUGUAGAUCUGACAUAACAUUGUCUGAUUUGAUAAGAUUCGUUCGCGAAGGCCAUUUAUCAUAUUAUAAUUUCCAUCCGUUUCUACCCGAAAAUUUAAUUGAACAUGGUGUUAAAUUAAGUUUCCAUCAAUUUCAAAGUUGUCAUAUCAUUUAUUAUGAGCAUAUUCGCGAUCACAUCAAGUAUUUUACAAGAAUCAUUCCUGAUUUACGUGAAUCGAUAAGAAUGCCUGAUAUAACAGAACUAAGUCUGCGAUAUGUCGAUGAACUUAAUCUUCCAAAUGACUUUAAAAAGUAUAUUGAAAGGCUGAUAAUGUUUUCACAACCAAAAAUGGAAUUCGAAACCACUCAUAUUCCAAAUUAUGAAAGUCGUGCGAUGGCUUUCAUAAUCUUCCUAUUAAAACUUCUUUUUGGCAUUGAUGGAUAUCGAGAAAAAGAAAUAUCAAAUGCUGCACUUAAAAUAAAUAAAAAAUUGCAACAAAAAGAGUGUCAGAAAAGUCUUUUCGUGUAUGAAAGUUGGAGAGAAUUUAUUGAAUAUCGACAAGUGGUUUUAGAAAAAUUUUAUCAUCCAACGUUAUUGUCUCGUGGAAGUAGAAAUGAAAAACCUUAUGAAGACUACAACGCUAUGCUUCAAUCAUUAAAUAUUCAAUCUAAACACACGGAAUCAACAGCAAUAUCUUCAAAAAUGGAUUUAAAUAGAAGAAAACCAAAAAUGAAUGCACAGGAAAUAAUCGCAAAUCUUAUAAAAAAUCGAAAAAGUUUCGAUCCAAAAGGCAAAAUUCAAUUUCCAAUGUCAUUGACUCCUUUUCAAGAUAACAUAAAACAAAUUUUGUCGAAUGAUAUCGAAUGUGACUUUGAUGUGAACAAGGAAGUUAUAACUUUAGACUUUAGCCUAAAUUCGUGUGAUUUUUAUUUGAAACCUGAAGCUUUAUUAGAAAUUAUGAAAGAAUAUUCAAUAAAUUUGAAUAUCAAAAAAGCGACAUUUCCAAAGUCUUUUAUUUUCUUCAAACAUAAAAUUCGUAAUUUUCCUGCAAGCGAUAGAAACACUCGCAUUUUAGAGUUUGACAAUGGAUCAAUUGAUAAAUGGCGAAAAAGCUUCAAGGAAAGGAAAAGAAAUGAAGAAGAAGAAAAUAUAGAGAAAAGCCAAAAAUAUCAUACGAAGAGGUUGAAUGAAGUUUUAAGAGACCGAAGUUUCUUGAAGGAAACAACAACAGCAAACAAACUGACAGACGAUAAAGUCAAAUCUCAUAUUUUAGACAUUUUAGUUGCAAGUUCUUCAUCUGAAAGUGAAGAUGAUUCGCCAGACAAUGACGAAAUUAUUUUCAAUAAGGAAAAAUCUUUCAAUUCAUCUGAGAUGGAUUUGUCUUUUGUGGUUCCAGAUUUCAAUAUGUGGGAGCAUAUAAUUCCGGUCCAAGAAUGUUGCGGAGGCCUCGACAAAGCUUAUGGAAAACACAUGGAAAAGCUUCCUGAAAGCUUCCUUUGGUUGCUCAAUCACUGCGCAAAUUAUAUUCAACAUCAUCCAAUGUCACUUUAUACUCAAGUUUUAUGUGUCGAAAGUCAUUUUAUGAAAAUCUUUUCCUGUGAUGAAACGUCAAUUUCCGUGAAAAAGUUUUUGGUAAAAACUUUUCCGAUUUUCUCUUGGCUGAUAACUUAUAAAAAAGAUAAAUUCAUCGGUGACUUUAUAAGUGGCAUCAGUGUUGCAAUGUUUCAUUUACCUGGAAUGGGUCACGCUUUACUUGCAAAUUUACCGCCAGUUGUUGGAAUCUACAUGGCAUUCUUUCCUGUUCUUAUUUAUACAAUUUUUGGGUCUUCUCGUCACAAUUCAAUGGGAACAUUUGCAGUACUUGCGAUCAUGAUAGAAAAAUGUGUCAAUCAACAUUCUAGACCAAUUGAACGUGAUUUAUUCGUGAAUGGCACAAGUGAAAAUGAUUUUAAUGAUAGUUUUGAACAUGAUUACACUCCACUUGAAGUCGCCACUCUUGUUACAUUCAUUGUUGGAUGUAUACAGCUCAUCAUGUAUUGCCUUCGCCUUGGAAUUUUAUCAUUUUUAUUAUCUGCAAGUCUCGUGAGCGGACUUACAUGUGGUGCUGCAUUUCAUAUCUUAACGGCUCAAGUUAAAGACCUUAUUGGAGUUAGAAUACCUCCAGUUGGUGCUACUUUCAAAAUAAUAAAAACUUAUAUCGAGAUUUUUCGCUCAAUUGAUAACGUCAAUUAUGUUACUUUUGUUAUUUCAAUAACAACAAUAUUGAUUAUGAUGUUCAAUAAUGAAUAUCUGAAACCACGAGUUGCGAGAAAAACCAAAUUCCCCAUUCCAAUGGAACUUUUAGUCAUUUUAUGUGGAACUUUGAUUUCAACAUUUUUCGAAUUAGAAAAAAAUUUUGAAGUCAUUCCUGUUGGUUUCAUCCCCAAUGGACUGCCAGCACCAAUCAUUCCAAAGUUUGGGAUAUGGAAAGAGUUGCUUGUAGACUCAUUUGCAAUUGCUGUUGUAUCUUAUUCAGUUAGUGUUUCAAUGGCUAUAAUGUUUAGCCAAAAAAUGAAUUAUGAGGUUGACUUCAAUCAAGAACUUCUCGCCAUGGGAUCUGCGAAUAUUAUGGGAUCUUUCUUUUCAUGCUUUCCAAUAUCAGCAGCUCUUGCUCGAUCAUUGAUUCAACAAUCUUUAGGAGGUAAGACGCAGUUAGCUUCAUUGGUGUCAUGUCUGACGAUAUUAUGCGUAUUGCUUUGGAUUGGAUCGUUUUUUACUGUUCUUCCGAGGAGUAUUCUUGCUGCAGUGAUUUGUGUCGCACUUAAAGGCCUUUUAAUGAAAAUUGGUGACUUUUUCCGAUUUCAAAAGAAAAGUAAGCUUGAUGGUUUCGUCUGGGCAGCAACGUUUUUAACAGUUGUGAUUGUGGCUAUUGAUAUUGGUUUGUUAGUUGGAAUAGUAUUAAAUUUAUUAACUUUGAUCUACACAAGCCUUAAGCCUGAUGUAUGCAUUCUUGGUAAAACUUUCAACGGUGAAUAUUUCUUAGACGUCGAUAAGUUUGAGAACGUUCAUGAAAUACCUAAAACUAAAAUAUUUCACUAUGGUGGAGCUAUAAACUUUGCAACGAAAUCAUUUUUCAGGACAUUGCUGUGUAAUAGAUUGGAAAUUAAUUUGAACAGAGAAUUGAAGCUAUUGGGGAAGAAUAAUAAUUCUGACAUGAAAACAUUCAAUCAUUUAAUACUCAACUUCAGUGCUUUAACUUAUAUUGACUCAGUGUCGAUAACUGCACUUUCAACUUUAAUAUCAGAUUUUAAUAAAUUAAAUGUUAAGGGUCAAAAUCAAUCAUCUGGAAGCGGAGGCGAUAAAAAGGAUGACAAAGACAAGAAGAAAAAAUAUGAACCACCAAUCCCAACCCGUGUUGGAAAGAAGAAGCGCAAACAAAAGGGUCCUGACGCAGCUUUAAAACUUCCUCAAGUUACUCCCCAUACUCGUUGUCGUCUUAAGCUUUUAAAAUUGGAGAGAAUAAAGGAUUAUUUAUUAAUGGAAGAAGAAUUCAUUCGUAAUCAAGAGCGUUUGAAGCCUCAAGAAGAAAAAAAUGAAGAAGAACGCUCAAAAGUUGAUGAUCUCAGAGGAACUCCAAUGUCAGUUGGUAACCUGGAAGAGAUUAUUGACGACAAUCACGCAAUUGUGUCAACAUCAGUUGGGAGUGAACAUUACGUCAGCAUUCUAUCAUUUGUUGACAAAGAUCAAUUAGAGCCUGGAUGUUCAGUUCUUCUUAAUCACAAAGUUCAUGCUGUUGUUGGCGUGUUGGGUGAUGACACAGAUCCGAUGGUGACAGUAAUGAAACUUGAAAAAGCUCCUCAAGAGACUUAUGCUGAUAUUGGAGGAUUGGACACUCAAAUUCAGGAAAUUAAAGAGUCUGUUGAACUUCCCUUAACCCAUCCAGAAUACUACGAAGAAAUGGGAAUUAAGCCACCUAAAGGAGUUAUUUUAUAUGGUGCACCUGGUACUGGCAAAACACUUCUUGCAAAAGCCGUAGCUAAUCAAACUUCUGCAACUUUCUUACGUGUAGUCGGAUCAGAGUUGAUCCAGAAAUAUUUGGGUGAUGGACCGAAAUUGGUUCGUGAACUGUUUCGAGUUGCUGAAGAACAUGCGCCAUCGAUUGUCUUCAUUGAUGAAAUUGAUGCUGUCGGAACAAAACGUUAUGAUUCUAAUUCUGGUGGCGAGCGUGAAAUUCAACGUACUAUGUUGGAAUUGUUGAAUCAAUUGGAUGGUUUUGAUUCUCGUGGUGAUGUUAAAGUUAUCAUGGCUACAAACAGAAUUGAAACUCUUGAUCCAGCUUUAAUUCGUCCUGGUCGUAUUGAUCGUAAAAUUGAAUUUCCACUUCCGGAUGAGAAGACGAAGCGUCGUAUCUUUAAUAUUCACACUUCAAAAAUGACUCUUUCAACUGAUGUGAAUCUUUCAGAACUUAUUAUGGCAAAGGAUGAUCUAUCUGGAGCUGAUAUUAAAGCGAUAUGCACAGAAGCUGGUUUAAUGGCUUUACGCGAACGUCGUAUGAAAGUCACGAAUGAAGAUUUUAAGAAAUCAAAGGAAAGUGUUUUGUAUCGUAAAAAAGAAGGAACGCCUGAAGGUCUCUAUUUAAUUUUAGUGGAGAAAAGAAAAUUUAAAAUGUCGGAGGAAGCUGUUAAUGAGUGUACAACACAAAUGAUUGCAUUAGCUAAAACCAAAGCAUCAGGAAUAUCAAAUGAUGACAUAAAAUCCAAUCUGGUUCAUAUUAAUCCUGAAGUUCGAUUGAUGGCACUAAACAAACUGAUCCAGCAAGAGAUUCUUGAGAUCCUAAAGAAAGGUGAAACGUUGAUUUAUCGUCUGAAGGAUCCUGCAAAGAAGUCAAGUGCGCCAAGUGAUAUGGAUAAUGAGGAACGUAUUAUUUAUAAUAUAAUUGAGGAAGGUGCAAACACUGGCAUUUGGAUUAGAGACAUUCGAGUGAAAUCAAAUCUUAUCAUGACACAACUGAAUAAAAUCUUAAAGAAUCUUGAAAAUAGAAAGCUCAUAAAAGCUGUAAAGUCUGUGAAUGCCAGUAAAAAGAAAGUUUAUAUGCUUUACAAUCUCGAACCUGAUAGAUCAGUUACUGGUGGUGCAUGGUAUCAAGAUUCCGAUUUUGAAGCUGAAUUUGUGGACGUUCUCAAUCAACAAUGUCUGAGAUUCCUUCAAAUGAAACGAGAGAACGCAAAGAAACAAAGUGGAGGACCAAUUGCUGUUGAAAUGAAAAUGCUUUGCACGGUGUCUGAAGUUCACAAAUUCAUCAGUGAACUAGGAAUUAGUAAAAUUAAACUUGACGAAGAAGAUCUUGAAACGAUUCUUAAGACAGUUGUUUAUGAUGGAAAAGCUCAACGUGUGCUUCAAGUUGAUGGCUCCUAUUUAUAUAAAGCAGUUGAAUCUUUACUUCCUCCAGUUGGACUGGUGCAAUCUCCAUGUGGAAUUUGUCCUGUGAUUAAGAACUGCAGCGAUGUUGGAAGCAUCACUCCUAAAACAUGUGCUUAUAUGACUGAAUGGCUGGAAUAAAAUUCGACAUUUUUCCAG